CACUGAUCCCAGAAUUUGGAAUUUGUCCCAAAGUAGAUGAACAGAACUCAGGAGAGCAAGCUAUGCUGUGCAAAGUCGUGCAUUUGUCACAUGUGUGGUGCCCACCUGAACAGACUCCACUCUUGCCUCUAUUGUGUCUUCUUUGGCUGUUUUACAAAGAAACACAUUCACGAGCACGCGAAGACAAAACGACACAACUUAGCCAUAGACCUUUUGUAUGGGGGUAUAUACUGCUUUAUGUGUCAAGAUUACAUAUACGACAAAGACAUGGAACAAAUUGCCAAAGAGGAACAACGGAAGGCUUGGAAAUUACAAGCCUUCACCCCAACAGUGGUUUCUCACUACCAGUGUACAAUGACAGGCAUUGGAGAAAAGUAUUCAACAUGGGAGCCAACCAAACGAGAGUUAGAAUUGCUACGACACAACCCCAAGCGGAGAAAAAUAACCACAAAUUGCACCAUAGGUCUACGAGGGCUAAUCAAUCUUGGGAACACAUGUUUUAUGAACUGUAUUGUCCAGGCACUUACCCACACUCCACUACUGCGAGAUUUCUUCCUCUCCGACAGGCACAAAUGUGAAAUGCAAAGCCCCAGCUCAUGUCUGGUCUGUGAAAUGUCUACACUUUUUCAGGAGUUUUACUCUGGGCACCGAUCUCCUCACAUUCCAUAUAGGUUAUUGCACCUGGUAUGGACGCAUGCACGGCAUUUAGCAGGGUACGAGCAACAGGAUGCACACGAGUUCCUCAUUGCUGCAUUAGAUGUGCUACACAGACACUGCAAAGGUGACGACAAUGGGAAGAAGGCCAACAACCCCAACCACUGUAACUGCAUCAUAGACCAAAUCUUCACAGGCGGACUGCAGUCUGAUGUCACUUGUCAAGUCUGCCAUGGUGUUUCCACAACGAUAGAUCCGUUCUGGGACAUCAGUUUGGAUUUGCCAGGCUCCUCUACACCAUUCUGGCCACUGAGCCCAGGCAGUGAUGGCAGUGUGGUGAAUGGGGAAAGCCAUGUAUCAGGCACCACCACGCUCACGGACUGCUUGCGAAGGUUUACAAGGCCAGAACAUCUAGGAAGCAGUGCCAAAAUCAAAUGUAGUGGUUGCCAUAGCUACCAGGAAUCUACCAAACAACUCACUAUGAAGAAAUUACCCAUUGUGGCCUGUUUUCAUCUCAAACGGUUUGAACACUCAGCCAAACUGAGGCGAAAGAUCACUACGUAUGUCUCCUUUCCGCUGGAGUUGGACAUGACGCCAUUUAUGGCUUCCAGCAAAGAGAGCAGAAUGAAUGGACAGUACCAGCAGCCGACGGAUAGUCUAAACAAUGAUAAUAAGUAUUCCUUGUUUGCAGUAGUUAAUCACCAAGGAACCUUGGAGAGUGGGCACUAUACCAGCUUCAUCCGGCAACACAAGGACCAGUGGUUCAAAUGUGAUGAUGCCAUCAUCACCAAGGCUAGCAUUAAGGAUGUACUAGACAGUGAAGGAUAUUUGCUGUUCUAUCACAAACAGUUCCUGGAAUACGAGUAGCCUUAUCCAGCAGCUUGUCCGAUAAAUGAAAGGAAGAAAAUAAGCAAGCCUUCUGAAAUGACACACAAACCUACCUGAAAUGAAAAGACCCAUUAAACAACUAGCACUGAGCUGUAACAGGACCUACUUGACACUGGCUCACAGCCUGGCGGAGUAAGAAAUGAACAAUGCCCUACGUGUAUGCAGUCCCGCAAGGACAGAAAGGGGGGGAAAAAGAGGCUACAGUCAGUCACGUAAGAGCAGAAAUAUAAAAUGAGGCAUGUUCUGGGUGGGGGAAAUGGGAGCAGAGGAGUCCGGGCACUGGUACAUCUCCUGUGUUCCUCUGAAAAAGUGUGUGGGAAGGCAAGGGGGUGUGCCAUCAUCUCCAUAAAGCAUCUUCUCCAUUGGUGCUUCAGCUCCAACUGACCAAUCAUAUAACAGUUAUUAAAAAUCCAAGCCCAUUUUUGAUGCAUAUGGGUCUGAAAGCAGUAAAGUGGAGGAGGCGGGGAUGACGCAACUAAAGGACUUUGCAAGUAUCUUUUUAUUUGUGAAUUUUAGUUAUUAAAUAAAUACAGUAUGAAACUAUUAGGCUCUUUUUUUCGACAAAAGUAAAAGAAAUCCUGGAUUGUGGAACUGAAGCUACAGUACUGAGACAGGUUUUCAAGCAUGCCUUCUGCACAGGUGGUAAUCUGCCAUCAGACUCCUCAUCAAAGCAUCUGCACAGAUUCUUUUCUGUUUGAGCCCUUUGUUUUGUUUUGUUUUGUUUUUCUAUAAAUAGCUAUUUUCUUAAUUUUUUUCCUUUUUUUCCCUUUUUUUCACGAGAAUGAAAUUCAUAAAUGGAAUCAUCAGUAAAAUGAAUGAAUUGGCGUGUUUAUACUGUAAAAGUGGUCUUGGUUCUUUUUUUUAAAAAAUGUUGUCAAUAAGUUUGAUUUCUUAAACUCACCGGUUUUGUUGUUUGAUGCUGGUUUUGUGUCUUUCCCCAGUUCUGCCAAGCCCCCUCAAAACGAGAGAGCAUUUGGCAGAAUGUUGGUAUUGAAAAUCUGCCAUCUGCUAGCCAUGGCUGCUGCUGGGUGCAAUAUGGAGGCAUAGAUGUGCAGCUAUUGAGUACUUCUGCAGUAUGCUAAGCUUUAAAGUAAACAAAGCAUUUUCCUGGUAUGUGCUAUGCUUUUAUUGGUCCCAUGUCUCCUCCCACAUUUGUUAACU